AUGUUGAAGGACCUGGUCCCUGUCCCUCAGCUCCAGUCAGAGGAGAAGAUGCAAGAGAGGGGCCAAUGCAGCAACAAACUAGAGUUCAUCCCGUCUUUGAUGGGAUCCAUCAUCGGCUUGGGUAACGUGGCACUUUCCUUAGCUCUGCUUCAAGAAAGGAGGAGGUACCUAGUGGACAGCCACUGGUUCAAACAGUGGAAAAAAUAUGUGGUCUUUGACAGCUGGGACAAAUAUCAGAUGGGAGACCAGAACGUGUACCCCGGAUCAGUGGAAAUCUUGGGGCUCCUUACAAGUGUUGGGGAUGUUCUAGCCAUCAAGGAGCACCUCAUUGAUGAUCUGGACUACAUCCUGAUCCCACCAGAAGGCUGGAAUAAGCUAGUGAGCUGGUAUGCACUGAUGGAGGGACAUGAGGCCAUCUCACGCAAGGUGGUAGAACAGGGUAUGUUUGUGAAGCACUGCAAGGUGGAGGUGUACCUCACAGAACUGAAGCUGUGUGAAGACGGCAACAUAGGCAACGUGGUCACCAGACGCUUCAGAAAAGCAGAAACGAUAGACACCAUUGAGAAGGAGAUGCGAAAACUGUUCAGUAUCCCAGACGAGAAAGAGACCAGGUUGUGGAACAAAUACAUGAGCAACACUUUCGAGCCUCUGAACAAACUGGACAGCACUAUACAGGACGCAGGACUCUACCAAGGACAGGUUUUGAUGAUCGAUGUGUUGGAUGAUGCACCGCCCAAAUCAAGCAAUGGACUUCAAAGGAUGUGA